AUGGCCGACCCGGAGUCCGAGAUGCUGGACAAGGUCGCCUACGUGCUCCACUCCCUCGUGGGCUCCGCGAGGGCCGCGCUGCCGCUGUCGAGGAUGGCGGCAUCUAGGGUUUUGUUCCGGCUGCUGAUAAUGCAUAGAUGGCUUCUUGUGGUGGGUUUGUCUUCUCCAUUUGGUAUGCUGGCCUGCGAUGUGAGCGGUAUAUAUAAUUUGUUCAGUCCAACAGGGCUUUAUCUCGGCUUCUACGAAAACAGCCUACUGUUUGGUAUCCAUGGGUUACACGUGUUUCUGAUCUGGGCCUCUGGGCUGCGAUUGUGGGUCCGUAUAUGGGCUCACAUCGCUAGUCACAAUUCCCCAUCCGAUGGCCGCGGCCGCCCCAGCUCGCCGGCGCCCCCGCCGGGCAACGACGACCUCCUCUCCGAGAUCCUCCUCCGCCUCCCCCCGGCGCCGUCCUCCCUACCCCGCGCCUCCCUCGUCUGCAAGCACUGGCGCCGCCUCGUCACGAACCCCGCCUUCCUCCGCCGCUUCCGCGCCCGCCACCGCCGCGGCGCUCCCCUCCUCGGUUUCUUCGCCGAAGGGCUGCGGGGGCACCUGUUCACGUCUACUCUGGAGCCUCCGAACCGCGUCCCGAGGGGCUGCUUCUCCUUGCAGCUCGACGACGUCUACGAAUGGCGAAUCCUCAGCUGCCGCCAUGGGCUCGUCCUCCUCCACCACUGGGAGCAGCUCCAGGUCCUGGUUUGGGACCCCGUCACCGGUUACCAGCGCCGUAUUGCCGUUCCCCCGGGCUUCCGCACCAGUGAGUGGACGAUAAUCAACAACGGGGUCGUGUUUCGUGCUGCCGGCGAUGUCCACGGAGGUAACCAAUCGAGCACCUUCCAGGUGGUCUUGUUAGGCAGCAACCAAGAAUUUACACGAGCUUUCGCCUGUGUUUGCUCAUCGGAGAAUGGCGAAUGGCGCGAUCCCAUCUCUAUAGCUUGUCCAGGAACGUGUGUUACUUACAUCCCCGGUACUUUUCUUGGAAGCUCCCUUACUGGUAUCUUGUUGGGGAUUCAACUGCUAUCCUUGAGUUCGAUCUGGACAGGCAGCGCCUAGCAGUGAUAGAUAUGCCAUUUAAGGUGUCAACUGAUGUCUGGGUGAUACCCGCGGAUGGUGGUGUGCUUGGAUUUCUCUAUCUGUCAAAGUACAAUGUCUACUUAUGGAAGAGGGAGACAGAUGGUGAUGGUGUUGCAGGGUGGGUGCUUGGGAAAACUAUCCAGCUCGACAAUCUUCUUCCCCUCAGUUCAACUGAAGCAUGGUACCCUAAGAUAUCUGGGUUCGCUGAGGAUGACAAAGUGUUGCUUAUAGGGACAGAUGAUCGCAUCUUCACCAUCCAGCUGGAGUCAAUGAAGUUUGUGCAGUUCAAGAUCUGUUUUGCAACACUUAACUUCAGCAUCUUCCAUCCAUUCUCAAGUGUAUAUACUGCAGGUAACGGCAUUGUAAUGGCAUUCUACAUUGCAGAUGUAGCAACAUAAGUUAUUUUCAUACUUCUUGUUGGAAUGCUUUU